AUCACACUAUCACGAGAGCACCAACUUCGCAGAGGACGGACGGGCAGUGCGGAGAGAGGGGAGGCGAUGGGGAACAAGAAGCAGGGCGCCGGCGGCGGAGGGGACGAGAAGGGGCUUCUCUGGAAGCUGCCAGAGAUCACGUCCAAUGAGCUCGGCAAGAUCGGCCCCGGCUUCGGCAUCGGCAUCGGCUGCGGCGCCGGAGCCGGCGUCGGAUUCUUCGGCGGUGCAGGACUAGGCUUUGGAUUUCCUGGACUCACUUUAGGCUUUGGUGUUGGAGCUGGUUGUGGUGUUGGAAUUGGUUUUGGUUAUGGCAUGGGCAAAGGAAUUGCAUAUGAUGAGCAUAAAAGAUACUCAAAUGUUGGAAAAAUGUUCCAGGAAGCUCCACAUCUGCCUACGGACACUGUUGUUGCUUUAUUCGAUGGGCUGGUUAUAAACACCAAGAAGCUUGUGACGGCAACUUCAAAAGGGAUCGAAAAAUGGCGUUGAGCUGCACCACUGCAUCAUUGUUGAUAUUAGCUGCCUUAAACUGCGUAUCUAAUGAAGCUUAGAAGCAUUGUUUAUCUUGAAAGGCAGUAGCACUUAGAUCUAGAAUCGAGACUGCUGCAUCAGAUGGCUUUCUCUUGCUCAUCAGUUAGUAGGUUUGUAUCUAAGUAGGAUCCAUAAACUAGGCCGGUGAUUUCUUAUCGAUAUAUUAGUUACAUGCCAUGAUGUUGAGUAAUGUCCUGCUACUGGGGUUGCUCAUCACAGAUUUUAAAUUUUAGGAUGAAUCGAUGUGUAAGGUUCAGAUGAACUCUGUUUUGUGCUUGUGCGUGUGUUCUUCACCCUCUUGA